AUGAAGUUUGAAGUAAAGUCUAAAGUGAAGUUUAAAGUGAAGCCUGAACUGAAUUUUGAAGUGAAUCCUGAUGUGAAUUUUGAAGUGAAUCCUGAUGUGAAUUUUGAAGUGAAGCCUGAAGUGAAAUUUGGAGUGAAGCCCCAGUUUGAAGUGAAGCCUGAAAUGAAUUUUGAAGUGAAGCCUGAAGUAAAUCCCGAAGUGAAGUUUGCAGUGAAGCCUGAAGUGAAGCUUGAAGUGAAGCCUGAAGCAACGUUUGCAGUGAAGCUUGAAGUGAAGCUUGAAGUGAAGCCUGAAGUAAAUCCCGAAGUGAAGUUUGCAGUGAAGCCUGAAGUGAAGCUUGAAGUGAAGCCUGAAGCAACGUUUGCAGUGAAGCCUGAAGUGAAGCUUGAAGUGAAGCCUGAUGCAAAUCCCGAAGAGAAGCUCGAAGUUAAUCCUGAAGUGAAGCCUGAAGGCCCAAGCUGCAGGGAGCCGCGCAGGAUCUGUCAUGAGGAGCGCUGCUGA